GAAAAGUUCCGGCCAAUGAUACAAAUCAAACUGAUCUUGUUGUAUGGGAAAUUUGGGUCCUACUUAUGAAUAGGUGUCUAAAGGCGAAUAUCUAAAUAGAUCUUAUAUAAAAAUAUAACUGUUUAAUUUUAAGAUUUGUGGUAGCGCAUUCUGAGCGGCGCGUGUUUUGUAAAUUUUCUGUGUUUUGGUAAACAACGCGUCAAAAUUGAGAAGUGAGGUUGAAAUCAUAUAUUGAAUCAGAGUAGAGAUAUUUCAUCAAUUAAACCUGAGAUAACAUAUGAUGAGUGCAGUUGAGCCAAGUUUAGGUGAUUUGAAUCUUAAUGCCAACUUCUCAUUUGGUGAAUCGAGUUUAUUUGAGGAGAAUCCAUUGAAAACUGGUGAAUCUACCGUUGAUACUAAUAACCAGAGCCAAGAUCAAGAUGAUGAAUCAUCACAACCUAUAAGUUCAGGCCAAAUACCUCUUGAAGCAUCUAUUGAAGAGGAUGAUGAAGAUGAGAUAUUCAUGACUAAUUCAUUGCCCAUAUCCCCAGUUAUACUACCACCUAAGGAAGUACGAUUGUUCAAUGGUAGUACUAUCAAUUUGAAACCAAAAAGACCAACCCAUCCAUCAUCAGAUUCUAUAUCAGAGAAAGCAUCAGUGCUUUCAUUAGAUGACUUAUACUCCAAGGCAAACUUGAGAAACUCUGUGAAACAGAACAACUUACGAUUACAAGAAUUAAAUGAACCAAAAUCUAAACCAACCAAGAAACAAAGAACAGAAGUGUUGACUGAAAAAUAUAGACCAUCCAACUUCAUCCAAUUGUGUUCAGCAGGUAAUGAUAAACAAUAUAGAUCAGUGUUACAUUGGUUAAAGAAAUGGUCAGGAGUUGUGUUUGGAGAAGAUGUUGAAGUGGAUGAAAAUAAUAAUGAUCCAUAUGGUAGACCCUACAAAAAGAUAUUAUUAGUUCAUGGUCCUCCUGGUAUUGGUAAAACUUCAGCUAUUCAUGUAUUGGCCAAACAGUUAGGAUACUCUGUAGCAGAAUUAAAUGCUUCAAAUAGUAUGGAUACUCAACCUGGAGGUGAUCAGACUACUUCAGGAGGUGGGGUUAAUGCUGCCUUAAAAUUAAAAAUUAUAAAUUCAUUAACUUCAAAUACUAUUACGUCUGAUGGUAAACCAUCAUGUUUAGUCAUUGAUGAAGUUGAUUCUCUUAUGAAUUUACAAGAAUUGGUUAGGGUUCUACAAAACAUAUUACAAGCCGAUCAAAAGUCAACUUUUAAAAAACUUAAUAGAGGAAGUAUUGAUGAAAGUUCAAAUAAAAAGAAAUCAAAUGGUAAAGAUUUCCGGUUAAGUCGACCAAUUAUUUGUAUUGCUAAUGAUAUUUAUAAUACUCAAAGUAUUCGUAGCUCUCCCAUGGAAAAACUUCGUCCCUUAUGUGAAAUCAUUAACUUUAAAAAACCAACUGCAUCAGUGAAAAGUAUUGCUCUUAGAUCAAUCAAAGAAUACCUUAUGAAAAUCAAUAUUAACGAAAAAUAUGGAUUAUCCCUUCAAGAAGUUGGAGAAAUCAUUGAAUUAUGUGAUGGAGAUAUCAGAGCUAGUUUGAAUUAUUUACAAUUUAAUGGUAGAAAAAUAGAUGCUCCUCAAACCCUAUUAGGAGAUGCUAAACCAAGUAGUAGUAUGGAUAAACAAAAUUCAUGGUUUGCAGUUAUAGAAAAGUUAUUCAAGAGAGUACCACAAUUAUCCAAAGAUGAGAACUUCGAUGUCUUAUUCAAUUCAUUCAUGAAUGGGGAAUGUAAAUCAGUGGCAACUAAUUCUCAAUUAUUUGAUAAAGUGGUUAAAGGAUGUUUUAAUCGAUAUUUGGAUGUGGUCCAUUAUCAAGAUGAUUCCUUAGUUAAACCAUGUGAAUUAAGUGAUUGGUUAAAUCAUUAUGAUCUGCUUGGGAAUUCCAGUGGGAAUGAAAAUUACCUUGGUUUAGUAGGAUUAAAGAUCUGGUCAUUAUUUUCUGAAAUUAAUCCUACUAAAUUCCAUGAUGAAUCUAAAUUAUUAAUUCCAAAUGUGAAGAAUCUCGAUUAUGAAUCAUUUGAAUUAAGGAAACAAAACACAUCUAUUAUAGAAAGAGUGAUUAAAAACCUCCCUAUCCGAACCAGAAUGUCAGUGACAAGUGAUAGUGGAAUGUAUUUCAUCCCAUACUUAAAUAAAAUCUUAACACCCAUAGACUUAUCUUCCAAAAUGAGAUCUAAUUUAUCUGAUUUUGAAAAACAAUAUAUCGAUCAAGUCACAGAUAUUGUGAAAACAUUUGAUAUUAAACUUGAAAAUGAACGAGAUUUAGAAACAGGUCAAGUAUUAUUACAAUUCCAACCUAAUUGGGAAUCAUUAACUCAAUUCCAAGCUAUCAAUAAUACUAAACAUAUUCAAAUCAAACGUCAAUAUCUUUUCCCAUUAAUAGCGGCUGAAUUAGAGAAACAUAAUACGAUAUUAAAACCAAUCAAAAGAACUAACGUUGAAGUUAGUAGAAUUUCCGAAGAAGAAAUGAAUAAGAAACGAUUAAAAGUAACUUCAAGUGUUGAUUUCUUUAAGAAGAGAUAUGAUGAUAUUAAUUCUAUAACUCAAUCACAACCUUUAAAUUCUUCAUCAGUGGAUAAGGACUUUCAAAAGUCCAGAAUAUGGGUUAAAUAUAAUGAAGGGUUUUCCAAUGCUGUUAGGAAAAAUAUCACUUGGAAUGAUAUUUGGCUUCCAUAGAUGUAUAUAUAUAUAUUUAAUAAAAUACUAUUUGGCG